CUGACCUACUAACAUACAUUUGGAGACAUCGAGAGAGAGGAAACUGUAGCAAGUCCCUAACAUAACAUAAGAAGCAGAUUUAAAAUCAGUGGCACAGAACGCUGCCUAAAUCUCUAAUCAGAGUCCAUAUUCUACUGUAGGCAUACGUAAAUGGCGAUCGUACAUUUGAAUAAGAUAAAACGUCGGUUGUUGAAUUUGAAUGGUUGAACAAAAACGUUGCUGUUAUUACGCACAGUAGAGGGUUUAUUUACACAAGCAAGCUUCUCAUCUUGCAACUGACUGAAGAGAGAGGCGACGCCCCCCCCCCCCAAGUGAGUGACAAGCCGAGGUAGACAGAGUGACCUACAUCUGAACCAGGCCUGGAGCAAAUUUGGGCUCCGCACGCUCAACUCUGCCAUCUUGUAAAAAGAUAACAAAACCACGACAAACAACAAAAUAGGUCAGAGGAUCAUUAAGCUUGUCACAUUAUCCAGACUCCAAGAAUUUGUUUUUCCUGGCAGCCUUGAUAAAACAUUUUGCGAAAGAGCUGUAGAGAAGACGACGGAAUAGUGUCGAAGGCACACAUUGGAUAAAUGAGGGGAAUGAACACAGAGUUCCACGUUAUCUUGAGCGUCUUGGCCAAUAUAGACACUUGAACCGUAAGCUUGUUCAGUCAGUAACAUAUGUAAAGGAAGAUUCCCACAGUUCGUCAUCACCCCUUUUCUCCCCUUGAGUUUCAUUCCCAGCAGUUCAACCACUGACCAACAAUGGAAAGCUUCAGUUCGCAACUCCAAUCUGCAAGCUCGGAAAAUAAUCUGGACAACCUAGAGACAUUCUCUAACUACGAAGAGUCUCUCCCGUCGCCCCAAGAAACCCCAUCUCGCCAAGGACGCCUCAUCAAGCCCAACAUGAGUUGCAGACGCAAGCGGGAGUUCAUCUCUGAUGAAAAGAAGGACGCCUCCUAUUGGGAAAAGCGCCGUAAGAACAACGAGGCGGCCAAGCGCUCCAGAGAGAAGCGGCGUCUGAACGACAUGGUGUUGGAGAACCGGGUGAUGGCGCUGAAUGACGAGAACUGUCGGCUGAAGACGGAGCUGCUGCAGCUGAAGCUGCGCUUUGGCCUCAUCAGUACGGCGUCCUAUGUGGAAAAGAGCCAGCAGCUCGCUGGCGGAGGCACGGCUGCUGGAGCCUCAUCCAGCUACUACUCCAGUGGCUACUCCAGCAGUUCCCAGGUCAUGAUGAACUCGGACUCCUCGGAGACCGAUCGGUCAGGCCGCCGGGAGGGGCGUGGUCAGCUAGUGAAACACUCCCCUCACGGGUCCCUCUCGGAUAUGUCUGAUGGGUCCUCCCGGGACAGCCCGGAGCCUACGGCCUACGAUAUCAAGCAGGAGGAGGGCAUACUGGAGAUGGACAUUGGGAGCGGCAUGUUCAACGUUCUCCCUAGCCUGGCCUCCACACAACACCACCAGGAGAGGGAGUCAAGCUACAGCAGCCAACAGCACUGUUCCCUCAAUCCCCAGGAGAGCUUCACCAGCAGCACCAGCCGUGCCCCUCCACUCUCCCAACAGAGGAGUGUGAUCCUUUAUCGCUCCAGUAGUGCCUCACACCCAGUGGAGAGCCAGCAGCAGGACGAGGAUCAGCCGAAUGCUGGGGCCAGACCGCCGGUCCAGGCUCAGGAGGGCCACAGGGAGAACUCCGAGGGCCUGGCAGAGGUGACCAAGCAGAUGGAAAGGAAGACGUUAGACUCGCCACCACACGACUACCCAGACUGCCACUGUGAGGCAGAAGAGAAGCAUAUGUACGAAGUUCCCGACUGGCAACAGGAGGAGAGGACCCAGAGGGCUCUUACAGGCAUUGUCCAAACACAGGAGUCUGUCAAGACGCAUCUGUUCCACAGCCACACUGGUCACGCCUACCUCCUCAGUGCCCAUGACGAGGAGACACCCAUACUGACCUUUGAGGGUGGGCCCAGAAAUGAGGGGUACUACCAGGGACACUCAACUUCAGGCAAAGACACCUCCUCUAGCGACAAUGAUCCCCGCAGCUCCGACAAGGAAGCAUCCACGGACGACGAGUCCCCGUCCUCCUCCUGCUCUGACACUGGGAGCUACCUCCAGCACCUGUCAGUCUCACACCAGUCAGGAGGAGAGCCUCUGUCCUCCCCACAGGACCUCUCCCAGUGCCAAAGCAGGGAUGUCCAGGCAGAGGUUAAAGGCACUGCCCUGCCUCAUAAACUGCGUCUAAAACAUAAAACCAUGAGCUCCCAGCAGGACUCUCCCACCACCCCUCCUCCCUCCUCUGUCCUGCCCCUCCCCCAGCACCCAUACCUGGCUCUCAUACAGCAGCAGAGCUGCAAAGACAGGGAGAGUGAGAGCCAGCCCCCCACAGGGUUCUGUAAGCAGCCAUCCCCAGCUGGGUCUUGGAUGGAGUAUGGGAACAGGGAGCCAGGUGGAUCUCCUAACUAGAGGUGUGACGAAGUGCCUCUAGAACUGUUGAAGGCCACACCUACUCUGAGGUUUCUCUGAUGCUGCCUUACAAACAAA